AUGAACGCAAUCAAUCAGAAGCACAAGGUAAGGCAAUGGCUGGCAUGUGUGUUAGCAAGGAGUGCAUGCAGCAUGCAGUCUGCCUGUCGCGAUAGGCGCCCGCAGGUCGUAUCUACACAUCUGGUUUGCGGACAGGCUGCUGGUCUUGUGUUGACCUUGCGUGGUGAGUGUGGAAGUUCUCCCAUCAUGUCAGACAUGUAUUGCCAGAAUGUGUUCAUCGUUGGACCUCAGAGGAAAGAGAGCAACGGAACAGAGCGGGCGCCGGGGGUCAUUUCCGAAGUGAGUAUCAAGAGGACGAAGAUCAGCCGCGAGCAGAUCGCCAGCGCUCCAGAUCCAUGCCUUCCAUCCUGCAAGCUCAAUUUGAAGCAGAAGAACGCCGUUCAUCCUGUAGUAUACACAAAGCUGUUGGUUGGUGAAGAUGCAGUGCAGGAUCUUCUCCAUACGCCGCACUGGCAAAAGCUGCAACAGAACAUGAAAGCCGGGCUCGUCUUCCUAUGCGAAGCUGGCUGCCACUGGCUCGUAGAUGAUGGCAUUCGUCUCAUGCCGACAAGUGCAGAGGGAUGGAUGAAGGUGGACCAUACGUUUCGGAGCAUGCUUGGUGAAAGAGCCAUGGCUUAUACCUUGGUACCGAAGGACCUUGCAGUUGCUGAUCGUGUCGAAUUGGUGCUCAGUCUGUGCGAGAGACGUGCGGAUACUCCGCGCCUACACUGA